GUGGUCGACCAUGUCCAAGAUGCAUGGGCUGGCGUGUUUGCUCCGGGGAGGAGCGACGAUAGCGAGAAGCAGCAUCAACAAGUUACCCGGCACGUCGAGGUGCUUUAGGACCUCACAGACCAAAUUAGGCAUCUUCGACUCGUUGAAGGAGACAUGGCAAGGAACCAAGGAUCAGUAUUCGGCCAAGAAGCAGCAAGAAAUGUUUCAUGCCAUGGUGGGGCAGCUGAUCAAGAAAGAGAAGUUCGAUCUUGAUGACCUCCAUGAUAUCUUCAAGCAAGGCGCCGAGCAGUCCGGCGUGAACAGCUGGAGGCAGCACCUGCCGGGAGUGAAGAACUCACCGGAGAUGCUGCAGCUUCAAGAGACCAUGAGCGUGCUCGACGUUAUCCCUCCCGAGUUCCGCCGCGAGCCCGACAGGCUGAAAGCUGAAGAGAAGGCGAGGCUGGCGAAGUCGACGGGGAAGUCAGUGAUGGAAAUCAACAAAGUGCUGAAAAGAUUCGACGAGCUGAAGAUGCUUCACGGCUGGCUGAGGAAGCGAGCUCUUUCUGGGAAGCCGCUGCCUACGAACAGCAGGGAGUUGGCGAUGAUGGCGAUGGAACCUGGGAGCGGCUUCCAGAUGAAGACGAAGUUCAAGAGGUGAGGGGAGGG